UCCAGACCAGUUGUUCAGUGGCGGGAACUGGUUGACCCUGAGAGUAGUCAUGUUUCCCAUUGAUUGGGUGUGCACUACUGCUCGUUUGGAACCUAUAGAUUAUGUUCGAAAGCCACAGGUUAUCCUACGCUUAAUUAUUGUGAUAUUAGCAGUUGUCAAUAUUGCAAUUGUACAUAACGGCUGCUAUAUUUAUGGGAAGUGCUUGUUUAAUGAAGAUCAGGCAUCUUGUGGAUAUAGUUUGCUUCUUUCUUCGUCAACAUUUAUUCUUUGCCUCGCCUAUCUUUGGUUGGAUUUAAUAGUGGACAAUGUUUCGAGCAUUGACAUACGUUUGCGAAUCGCUAAAUUCGACGUAGUAUUGUCAGGUAAUUCUUAGAUUUUGAUUGCACUCGGUAUAACAACAAUUCACUGCCUUUCAGUCAAAGUUUUCGGCCAGUUUAUUGCUCGAUUUAGCUGGUGAGACUAUUCAGACAUACGUAAGAGUAAAGUCCCUUAAAGAUUCACAACUUCAAAAUGACUGUAGUGUUUGAUAGCGACUUCCAACAGCGGAAUUUAUUGCUCAAGAUUCAUAUAAAGCGCUUCAUUCUUCAUAUCAUUGUAUGCGCAGAUUAGGCUAACAACCAAGUAGGUUCUAAGUUACAUCGGUCGGUAGCUAGCAUUACUGCAACUUCGUUUGUUUCUUAAUCUAUUCAACGAAUUGUGGUCCUCGAGGGUACAAGUGACAUAGUUUAAUCUUCAGUAAUCAGAACAAUAAGUCGGUUGACCAUUGUUAAUCCUUACAGUCAGUCAGCUACAACAUAGGACCAGGCACAUAUAUACAUCGGUUCAAGUUGCCACACCUCAUUAGCACAACAAAAUGAACACCUAAUUCAUAGAAGUAGUCACUUCAAUGGUAGUAGUGUAUGAAAGAAAGAUUUUUUAUAAGGAUAUAGUACGGGAAGGAAGAAUUAGUUCGUAGAAAGAAAGAUAUAAAGCAAUUUUAAUCUCUUAGUUUGACGGAUGACAAAAAGUGUAUAUGUAGUGGCAUUGGACAAUAGCCA